AUGGCUCUGGCUCUGGCUCUGGAGGUGCCCUGCUUCCUGCUCGUCUUCUUCCUCGCCGCCGGCGUCUCCAUCGCCUUCGAACCUCUCAACCACGAAGGUUCGUGCCUCCGUUCUGCGUCUUGUUCCUCCGGAAGGCUCUAUCUCCUUCCUCUCCGCCUUGUUCGAGUUGUUGAUCCGUGCUCCCUCCGUUCAGUGGUGGCUUUGAUCGGGAUCAAAGGGGCAUUGAGCGACCCCAACGGAGUUCUCAAGAAUUGGGAUGAGGACUCCGCCGACCCCUGCAGCUGGACGAUGAUCACCUGCUCUGCGGAGAACCGAGUUAUUGUUCUGUGAGCUUUUCUCCCUCAUCCUCUCCCUCUUUGACCUAAUUUUUGGCUGGCUUCUCACGGGGGGGGAUGAUUCCGCAGAGGAGCUCCGAGCCAGAACCUGUCGGGCUCGCUGUCCGGAGCGAUCGGGAACCUCACGAACCUGCAGCAAGUGUGAGAGGACGAACGUCUGAGAAAUUUUCUCCGCCGGAACCCGUCCCUGGCAAGAGCAUCCUGGUCUCACUCUCUCGGUCAUGUUUCAGGUUACUUCAGAACAACAACAUCACCGGGACAAUUCCCGCCGAGUUGGGGACGCUGCGGAAGCUUCAGACCCUCGACCUCUCGAACAAUGGCUUCUCCGGCGCCGUCCCUGAAUCUCUCGGCCAACUUACGGCUCUUCACUACCUGUGAGUUCUGUGAAUCAUCGCCCUCCCGGCCGCCUGGUUUUGCUGACCCUUUCUGAGCUUCCCUUCCCGUCGGCCGUGCGCAGAAGACUCAACAACAACAGCUUGUCUGGGCCCUUCCCCACGUCGUUAUCGAAGAUUCCUCAGCUCUCUUUCCUGUAGGUCCCCCCCCCCCCCUCCCUUCGCCAUUCUGAUCUCUGUUCUUGAAUUGACGAGCUGAGCUUUCUUCUUUCGAUCAGGGAUGUGUCUUACAACAAUCUAUCCGGUCCUGUUCAACCGUUCCCGGCGAGGACCUUCAAGUCAGAUGAUUUCUCUUCUCGCUCCUCCCGACUUCUUCUUCCUCCUCCUCGGGAGGUCUCUGGUUUCUGACGCGGAGUGGCGCUCGUUGGUUUCCUGCUUCUGCAGCAUUCUGGGGAAUCCUCUGAUCUGCGGAAGACGCUCCACGGAAGAGUGCACGAAGACGGCCGUCCCCAUCUCGCCGUCGCCGGCGGCGGAGUCCUCCCUGAGUACGCCUUCCGUUCUGGUCCUCAGUCUCUCCCCCACUCCCCUUCAUCUGGUGCGCUGGCUCUGAGGGAUUCGUCUGGUUAAGGUGCGCAGGGAAGACGAAGACCCAGAAAGUAGCCGUUGCGGUGGGUGCCAGUCUCGGCUCCACCUCCAUGCUCCUCCUGCUCGUCGGCCUCCUCUGUUGGCGUAGGAAGCGGAGGCACCAGUCCAUCCUGGGCAUCAGCGGUCAGUGCCCCCACCCCUCGCCAGGAUUAGGUUACCGUGACAUGAUGAUGGACUGUUCUUCUUCUGCUUCUGCUUCUGUUGGGUGUUUUUCUUGCGGGGGGGGGCGGCGCAGAGAAGGAAGACGGAGGGGCGAUGGUGAUGGAGCUGGGGAACCUGCACCAGUUCGGGCUGCGGGAGCUGCAGGCGGCGACGGAUAACUUCAGCUCCCGCAACAUUUUGGGAAAGGGCGGCUUCGGGAACGUGUACAAGGGGCGGCUGGCCGACGGGACGGUGGUGGCGGUGAAGCGCCUCAAGGACGUGUGCUCCUCCGGCGAGGUGCAGUUCCGCACGGAGGUAGAGAUGAUCAGUCUCGCCGUCCACCGCAACCUCCUCCGCCUCCUCGGCUACUGCGCCACCGCCAACGAGCGCCUCCUCGUCUACCCCUUCAUGCCCAACGGCAGUGUCGCCUCCCGUCUCAGAGGUACCGUUCCUCUGACUCAUCUGCACUGGUACGCGCGCUGGUGGAGCUCUCCACCAUGAGCGACGGAUGUCCUUCCCCAUGACCUCAGCUCCGCUCUGAAAGCAAGAGAGAGAGAGAGAAAGAGAGGAGGAAGAGAGAGAGGGGUUGUUGACUGCACCGGCGACCGGUGAUCCACCUGAUCCAUCCGAUGCACUGUUCGUUUCCUGCCAUCCAUCUGGUACGGCGAUGGCAGCCUUGCCGAUGGUGGCGCUCAUCGUCUGGGUGGAGGGAAGGAAUCAUACGAUUCCUGACCUGACAGAUGGGUCGUCGUCGUCCUGAUUACGGUUUUUCUUGGGGUCUGGCAGGGAAGCCGGCCCUGGACUGGAGCACGAGGAAGAGGAUAGCGCUGGGGGCGGCGAGGGGGCUGCUGUAUCUGCACGAGCAGUGCGACCCGAAGAUCAUCCACCGUGACGUGAAGGCCGCGAACGUGCUCCUGGACGAGUUCUGUGAGGCCGUCGUCGGCGACUUCGGCUUGGCGAAGCUGCUCGACCACGGCGACUCCCACGUCACCACCGCCGUCCGCGGCACCGUCGGCCACAUCGCCCCCGAGUAUCUCUCCACCGGCCAGUCCUCCGACAAGACCGACGUCUUCGGCUUCGGCAUCCUCCUCCUCGAGCUUCUCACCGGCCGCAACGCCCUCGACUUCGCCGCCGCCCCCACCCUCAAGGGCGGCGCCAUGCUCGACUGGGUAAGAGCGAGAAACAGAGAAAUAGAGAAAUAACUUCCUCUGACCUCUCUCCGACGUCCUCGCCGUUGUUCAUCUGGCUUGGUGUUGUGGAUGGACAGGUGAGGAGGGCGCAGGAGGAGAAGCGGGUGGAGCUGCUGGUGGACAGGAACCUGAGGAGCGGCGCAUACGAUUUGCUGGAGGUGGGGGAGAUGGUGCAGGUGGCGCUGCUCUGCACGCACUACCUGCCGGCGAGCCGCCCGAGGAUGUCGGAGGUGGUGAGGAUGCUCGAGGGCGAGGGCCUCGCCGAGAAGUGGGCUGCCUCCAACUACAAGCUCGCCGCCCCGCAGCGGCAGAACUCGACGGUCCGCCAACAGGUCUUCGCCCCCCCCGGAGACCUCCUCCUCAUGGACGCCGACGAGGUCUCCGCCGCCACCGCGGCCGCCGGCGAGGACGACGACGACGACGACGACGACCGGCGGUCCCUCGACGCGGCCGAGAUGGAGCUGUCGGGCCCCAGGUAA